UCCCUCCCUGGUCUCUGCCUCCUUCUAGCUGGGCCCUUUCUCUUGUCUGCUUCUCUGGAUGCUCCAGCAACUAUGAGUCGACAAUUCAGUUCUCAGUCUGCAUUUAGCUCAAGGAGCUGGCGGGUUUACAGUGCAGGCUCUGGUGGUGGGAGCAGGGCUGUGUGUCAGUCCAGAGGGAGGUGUGGCGGUAGUGGGUAUGCGAGCUAUGGGAAGGGGUUUGGCUCUAGGAGCCUCUACAAUCUGGGUGGCAGUAAAAGCAUCUUCAUUAGUCUGGUGGGGAGAAGUGCCAGUGGUUUUCCCCAGGGUGGGGGAGCAGGAGAGGCAUUUGGAUGGGGCAGAAGCUUUGGGGGUGGAGGCUUUGGAAAUGGUGGCUUUGGGGGUGGUGGCUAUGGAGGAGGUGGUUUUGGUGGUGCUGGGUUUGGGGGUAGCAAUUUUGGGCUUGGGGGCUUUGGCCCUUCUUGUCCCCCGGGAGGCAUCCAAGAGGUAACCAUUAACCAGAGCCUCCUUCAGCCACUUCACCUGGAGGUGGACCCUGAAAUUCAGAGGGUCAAGACCCAAGAGCGGGAUCAGAUAAUGGCUCUCAACAACAAGUUUGCCUCCUUCAUUGACAAGGUGCGAUUCCUGGAGCAGCAGAACCAGGUGCUGCAAACGAAAUGGGAGCUGCUGCAGCAGGUGAACACCUCCACUCGGAGUAGCAACUUGGAGCCCUUCUUGGAGUGCUACAUCAGUGAUCUGCGGAGGCAGGUGGACUUUCUCAAGGCAGAGCAAAUGCGCCAGGACACGGAGGUCAGGAACAUACAGGAUAUCUUGGAGGACUACACAAACAAGUAUGAGGAGGAAAUCAAUCGGAGGACCAGCGCUGAGAAUGACUUCGUUGUCCUGAAGAAGGAGGUGGACUCUGCUUAUGAAAUCAAAGUGGACUUGCAGUCUAAGGUGGACACUCUCUUUGGGGAGACCAAUCUCCUGAAGUGUUUAUAUGAGACGGAGUUGUCCCAGAUGCAGACCCACAUCAGUGACACCAAUGUCAUCCUGUCCAUGGACAACAGCCGCUCUCUGGACUUGGAUAGCAUCAUCAGUGGAGUGCGGACCCAGUAUGAGCUGAUUGCACAGAGGAGCAAGGAUGAGGCCGAGGCUCUGUACCAGACCAAGUAUCAGGAGCUCCAGAUCACAGCAGGGAGACAUGGAGAUGAUCUGAAGAAUAGCAAGGUGAAGAUUGCUGAGCUCAACCUCAAUAUCCAGAGGCUGCAGGCAGAAAUUGCCAACGUCAAGAAGCAGAUAGAGCAGAUGCACUCAGCCAUUUCGGAUGCAGAGGAGAGAGGACAGCGGGCCCUCCAGGAUGCACGGCAGAAACUGCAGGACGUGGAGCAGGCCCUGCAGCAGUCCAAGGAGGAGCUGGCCCAGCUGCUGCGUGACUACCAGGAGUUGCUGGGAGUCAAGCUGUCCCUUGAUGUGGAGAUCGCCACCUACUGCAAGCUGCUGGAGGGCGAGGAGAGCAGGAUGUCGGGAGAUCUGCAGAGCCAAGUGAGCAUCUCGGUGCAGACCAGCCAGGUGACGGUCAGCGGCAGCGGUGGAGGCAGCGGUGGGAGUUACGGCGGAGGCAGUUCCCGAGUGGGUGGCGAGGGCAAUUACGGAGCAGGUACCCGUGGGGUCAGUGGAGGUGGUUACGGGACCACCGCUGGAGCCAGCUACAGAGGAAGCAGCAAAAGCAGGAACAAGUACGGGGGGAGCUCCUCCCGCGUGCAGAUCAUCCAGACCUCUACUAACACCUCCUACAAGCACACUGUGGAGUAGCUGCGUGGCCCUGCCGUGUCGCUCCUCAGACACCGGCUACCCUGCGUGGCUCUCUCCUGUCCUCUUGUCCCCGUACACUUCCUGACUCCCUCUCACUUUCUCCUGAUGGGUCUCAUCAGUUUGGCCGUAAAUUCGACUCUAGGUGGAGAAGUAGGGUAGAUAACCCCAAACAGCGCUUCUGUGAGGGCACUGGCUUGCAGUCAGUCACAGUCAGACACAUUCUUACUCAGCUGAGCCGGAUACUGGCCCUGUAGAUACCCAGGGGUCCAGUUUAGUGAUGCAGAAAAAGAGCCUGUAGCAUUUUUACAAGACAGAUAAUUAAGAGUUCCUCACCCCCACUUUCCCUUUCCUGGGCUGCUCUGAGAGCAAUAAUGCAUCCCUCAGGGACCACAAAAUGAUUGCUUUAGUCUAGUAACUGAUUGCAAGGCAAGCUAACUUGGUAAGGGGAAGCUCUGUACCAGAGGCCAAUUCCUGCCUCUUGGUCUGUAAGCCUCAUACUUCAGCUGAUGGACAGUGAAAAUUUGCUGCCUACAUGAGACACCUGGAAAUCAUAUUUGGUCCUGAUUCUGAAUUUCUAUCUCAAGAAGCAUUAUCUCCAUGGUUAACAGCCCAAGGUGGGAAUAUUUCAGAGGGCACUAGGCAUGAGUCCUUGUCCACAGGGAGGACUAUUCUUAGCAGUGGGUAGAGUGGUUGAUGGACAUGUUCAACUUCUGACCUGCCUCCUCCUGACUGCUUCAUUCUUUGGCAGCCUGGCCAUUCCUGGGAAUUGCCCACAUGGCUGGGCACUUGAGCCCAGCUCUGCUCUGUCCAGAUGCCCAGGGCCUGAGGAGCCUGAGGAUCUGUCUUGGGUCUUGUGAAGGUUCCAAUCCUGAACCAGUCUGGAAGCUGCCGGCUGUUUGCAAGUCAGUUUAAUGCUCUUUUCCAGACCUUUUAAGUCUCUUCUGCCUCCUGUUCUCUGUGGUUUUCAGUAACUUGUGAGAAUUUGACUCCUAGUCAGUUUUACGGAAGAUACUUGAGAUGUACUGGAGGGGAUAAGAAGGGAAAAGUAGUAGCCAAGUAAUGGGCCUUGAGAGAGGGGUGGCUUUGCUCCUAAGACCUGGAGUCACCUUCAUUUGCUUGCUGAGUCCUAACAUAACCUCCGAGUCCAUGAUUCUCUUGGCGUGUCUGACGGGUUCAGUGUGGGGCCCAUGAGGAGUGCUUGUGACUUUAUCAUUUUCUGGUUGAAUGUUGUACCUUGUUUGGCUUGGCGUUUCUGGUGCUUCUGUAAUAAAUUUUUCUGUGAUAUCAAAACUACCGUUUGAUCAGGAGAUGAGUUAUUUCUUUUUUAAUUUCUGGAGAUCUUUGAACAUAUUCAUAUUUGAGAAGUUACACUGCAUUAUUUUCAUUAUUUUUUAUUCCUCAAGUAACACAUAGCCUUGAA